AUGACGGAAGAAAGCAGCGCCAUCUUGCAUAAUAAAAUCCCUCCAAAGUUAAAAGAUCCUGGGAGUUUCACCAUCCCAUGUGCUAUUGGCAAUAACUACUUUGGCAAGGCUCUCUGUGAUUUAGGAGCAAGCAUAAAUCUUAUGCCUAUGUCAAUUUUCAAGAAGCUUGGAAUCGGGGAAGCAUGGCCAACCACAGUAACUCUUCAAUUGGCUGAUCGAUCUCUAGCUCAUCCAGAAGGAAAAAUUGAAAAUGUCCUGGUGAAAGUAGACAAGUUCAUCUUCCCCGCUGAUUUUAUUAUUUUAGAUUAUGAAGCUGACGUGGAGGUGCCCAUCAUUUUGGGGAGACCAUUCCUAGCUACAGGGAGGACAUUAAUAGAUGUUCAAAAAGGGGAGUAA